UAUAAUAUCAGCAUUCUUCUCCAAAGUCAAGAUCUUCCAGCAGCUGAUCGAAGUCUCCUUUGUGCAGAUAUCGCAAACGCUGCAGAACACUGUACUAGUUAGGGUUGUGGAGUUACUGAUGCUAUUGAUGCUACUGAUGCUUAUUAUUAUUAUUAUUACUGCAGACCUUAUAAUUACAUUUAAGCUCAGGGAAAGAUGGUUGUAUCUUUAACAAUGAACAAUCAUAAUAGAAAACAUAAAUAUAAUGGGUUUGCGUAGUAUGAGGAUAUACACACAGCAAAAAUGGCACAAUUACGAGGGUAAAUAUCUGAAUAAUAUUCAUAUAAUCACAAUGCAUCAAAAAAAAAAUCAUUUGUUGUUGUUAUAAGCCUGAGGGAUGAAACAAACAAACAAAAAAGUUACAUUCAAAAAGAAAAAGAUGAAAACAGGAGAUUUAAGCUGGUUUUGUUUGUGGGUGAAAAAUCUUGAACAUAAAAUAAAGAAAUUAACAGAUUAAUAGUAGAUCACAAACCACUGAAAUCGGCUGGUAAAUAUAAACGUUAUCGUGGUUUUAUCCAGAAAAAAACGCAGCUUCUCAGUUUACCUCCAUUUGUUUUUAAGGCAGUCUUGCUCGGACCAACAUGGCGGACGCGUUGACGUAUCGUAGCAACGGCUCAAAGCGGCCAAUCAGGGGUCUAGGUUACGGUUGGUCUCGCCUCGCCGUGGUGACGUCAUCCCUCUCGCGCUUCAGUGUGGCGGUUUUCUGAGAUCUGCUCCUCCUUCAGUGAGGCUCCUCCCACAACAACCACACCUUCAGUGAAGCUCCUCCCACUGCAGUUCAGUAAUAAAUGCUGGAAUAUUCCCAUCAGUCUACAAGUGAAGACAAGCAUCAGAGCAUCAGGAAGAAGUGAAAUCUGCAGAGACAGAGUUUAUUGAAGGACAGAGAGAACAUGAGAGAUCCAGAACCCUGCAGAAUGAAACACACUGAAGAACAAACAGAUCUGAAAGAGAAGAAACAUGUCAAAACUGGAGGAAAAACUCACUCACAGACGGAAAGUGUUUCUUUACUGAAAAGAAGAGACGAGAAAAGGUUCACCUGCACUCAGUGUGGAAAGCGUUUCACAUACAAACAGAGUCUUGAGGUUCACAUGAGGAUCCACACUGGAGAGAAACCAUUCACAUGUGAUCAGUGCGGGAAGAGUUUCACACAACAAGGACAACUUAAGAAUCACAUGAGAAUCCACACUGGAGAGAAACCAUUCAUAUGUGAUCAGUGCGGGAAGAGUUUCACACAACAAGGACAACUUAAAGACCACAUGAACACCCACACUGGAGAGAAACUGUAUGAAUGUGAUCAAUGCGGCAAAACAUUUUUGAGGGCUUCAAACCUGAAGGAGCACCUGAACAUGCAUACGAAGGAGAAACCACAUUCAUGUUCUUUAUGUGGAAAGAGUUUUUCACAUCCGCAGAAUUUAAAUGUUCAUCAGAAGAUACACACUGGUGUGAGAGAUCAUAUGUGCUUUGAGUGUGAGAAGACUUUUAUUACAGCUGAUCAUUUGAAACAGCACCAGAGGAUCCACACUGGAGAGAAACCUUACAAGUGUUCACACUGCAACAAGAGAUUCAGUCGGUCAGGAAUCUUGAAAAAUCAUGAGAGGAUUCACACUGGAGAGAAACCAUUCACAUGUGAUCAGUGCGGAAGAGUUUCACACAACAAGGACAACUUAAGAAUCACAUGA